AUGAUUAAAUCACUUUAAGUUGAUGAAGAAUAAAAGAAACUUUAAAAUAAUAGUAGUGGUUAAGCAGAUUAAAUAAAAAGUAUAUUUUAUCAAAUAAUUUUAGGUCCUGCUUCUAAUUAAUAAAGAUUAGAUAGUGGUCCAGAUGUUCCAAUUCAAAAAAUGACUCCUUCAGCUUCUCCUUUAUUAAGAAAUAACAAACCUUUAUUAGAGUCUAAAUUAGAUGAACCAGUUAAUCCUGCUGUCACUCCUUUUUAAUAAUCUUCAAAGAAAAUAUAAUUUACAGGUGUAAGAUCUGAAUAAUGUAUUUAAAAAUCACCAGUUAAAAGAAUACCAUAUGAGAAAUAUCAUAGAAAUGGGAAUGUUAGUUUAUAAUAAUUAAAUUUACCUUAAUUACCUGGAUAUAAAUUAGAAUUUGGUCCAAUGUUUUUGAUUAUAAUGGGAUUAUCAUUUCCAUUUGGAAUACUUUUAGCAUAUAUUAGUAGUGAAUUUGAUUCUGGUACAUUUACAUUUGUAAAUUGUUGGCUUUUAAUUGGAUUGUUUACUUUAUCAUUAAUUUAAUAAUUAUAUACUCAUAAAAAUGGUUUAUGUAAUUACAUACUCUCUAAAACUGAAUUAGAUUUUUGGAAUGAACCAAAAUUUAUUAAAAUAAUGUGGGGUAUAAGAAUAGUAUUAUUAAUUGUGAAUUUAUGUUUAACAAUAUAUUAUGGUUAUUCAGUAUGGAAUGACAAUAUUAGUGAUUCAAUCAUAUCAAUUUUUGUAUUUUUAACUAUACUUACCUUUUGCAAUAUGAUAUUUAUUAUUUUUAUCUUUUAUGUAAUUAUUUUAUAUAAUAUAAGGCUAUUAUUCCAGUAAGUAAUAAAUAAUUAGUAGUUAUUAAAGAGAGAGUAGACAGAAUUUAAAGAAUGUAAGAAAAUAUUUAAGUUCCACUUUCAUUUUAAUUUUGUAAUUAAAUACUUGGAGUAUUUUAACAUGGAUCUGAAGGCAAUAUCUAUUAAAGCACUAUAGCAUCAUAAAAUUAUUAAAAGUUUGUGAAUGAAGUGGAAGAUAGAUAAAGAGAUUUACUUAAAGUAGCAACUUCAAGAAAUGAUAAAUUAACUCAUGAUGCUAAUGAUUUUGUAAAUAAAUUGACUAAACAAUUAAAAGAGAAAAAGGAAGAUUAAAUGAAAAUUUAGAGAAUGAGUAAUCCUGGUAUUGCACCUUUUGAUAUAUUGGUUAAUUAUCUUUCUUUCUUUUUUAUGUAUUGCAUAGGAUUUCCUGUAUUUCUUUAUUUUGCAAUGGCAUAUUAAGAAGUUAAAAAUGAAUACUUACCUAUAUUAUUCUUCCUAUAUCCAUUUAGUCUUUAUGUAUGGAAGAAAUUUACUUUAAGUUUCUUUACAAUGAAAUAAUUUGUGGAUUAUAAUUAUGAAUCAAAAAUAGUAAUUUUAGGAGUAACUUCAUAUAGAAUAGGGACUAUGUCUGUUUAAAGAUUAGGAGUAGGAUAUUUUAUAUAAUUUUUAGUAAUAAAAUUUGUAUGUAAAAUUCUUUAUUAUUGGAUUAUUGUAUUUGGAUAUUAUUUUAAUUUGGAAUAAAGAAAAUAAAUGUAUAUGAAUUAUAUUAGAGGAAGUGUUGUUGAUAAUUCAUAAUAAAAGAAUAAAUUAUAAACUAAAAAGACUGGUACUCUAAUUUAAUCUACAGCUUAAGUAAAAGAUAGAAAAUAAUCUCUUUAUGAAGCUUAAGAAUAAGAAACACCUUCUUUUUCUAAAACUGCUGCUAAUUGGAUACAUGUUGAUAAUAUUGAAAAUAUAAAAAAAGCAUUAAUUACAAAAUAAAUAUUUGGAUUUGUUUUAUCAGAAGUAUUUGAAAUUGUAAUUGCCCUUUUAUUUGUUGUAUUGAGUUCAAUUUUAUAUAAUGAAAGGAAAUAAUCUUCAAAAUGGUCCACUUUUGAUGUAAAUAAUGAUGAACAUCGAAUAUUUCAAUUAGAAAUUGGACUUGAAAUACUUGUUGAAUUUGCUUUCUGUAUAAUUACAAUUGGCUUUUAUGUAAAAUAAUUAAAGUAACUAUAAAUAAUUAAUCUUAUUUAGAAUUCCUAACACAUAUAGUUUUUUUUAAUAAAUAUAACAUAUUAUAGGAAAUGAUGGAUUAAAAUCAUUAAUUUAUGAUUAUUGUUUUGCAAUAGUCGUAUGUUUUUUAAUAGUAGGAAAUAAAUUUGAAAUUAAAUGA